AUGAAUCAAUAUCCUAUUCACAAAGAUUCAUAUCCACCUUCAAUCGAGCCAAUUCGUAUUGUUAAUAAAUAUUUACCUGUUUCUCCACUACCUUCACACAAAAUAAUCAUUGAACGACAAGUACCACUUUCACAAAAAUCUCAACCUAUUAUUAUUGAAAAAUGGCUUUCUUGUCGAGCACCAACCAAACGACGUCUUAUUAUUGAAUCGACACCACCAUUAAUAUCAAGAUCUCUACAAAAAAAUACUGUUAUUACAUAUGAUGCUCCUCAUUUUCAUCUUAUAAAAAAUAUUCAUGAUUUUGGUAUUGUACAUUUUGAUCCUGAUAUAUAUAUAUAUACUGCUCAACAUGAUUCACAAUUAGCAUCAAAUGAAUAUGUUUUAAAUUCUAUAACAAAAAUUGAUAAUCAUCAAUAUUCUUCAUCAUCUAAUCCAGGAUCACGUUCGACGAAACAUUUACCUGGUCAAGCAGCAUCUCCAUCAUCACAUCAUCCAAAUGCUGGUUCAGUAAUUCCAGUACAAUCAUCAGCUCGUUCAAUGAAUCCUUUAUUGUCAAAGCAACAUAUCUCAAUCAUCAACUGA